CUCCAGUUGCUCUGUUGCUAUGGAGCUUCGAUGGCUUGAUGAUGUGGUGGCCGCGUAGUGGUUCCUCGCUCCACCUCCGCUCUUCCUGUUAUCAAAAGCAGAUCUCCCGGUGAUUGAUACCUGCCUUUCACCGUCUUUUUCUCCUCAACAUCACUUCUUGUUUUUCUUAGCGAACCUUUUGGUGUUGAUAUGCCUUGACGACCCUUGUUUUGAUCCGUACACCAGCACAUUCCAUUCUUGAUUAUUGUCAAUACACCUCACCGUGACAACUUGAUUACCUCUACGAUUUACGAAACCAAACUCACAACAUGCCGUCCCAAGAACGGGACAAUUCUUCCCGCGAUCGGGAACUGGUCCGGCACACGGGCAUUCACACCGAGUCCAGCCGACCUUCUAUCCCAAUGUGGGACAGCUCUGAUCCUGAGCGUGCGCCUCCGCCGCUGCCAUUGAACCCUCGCUCCAUGAGCCCCGCGACCAGAUCCAAUGUGUCGCCCGGAAUUCAAGCUGUUGCGGCCAAGUUCGCCGACAAGGCGAGCGAGAUCGCCCCCAGCACAUAUACGAUAAACCCGAUGCCCAACAAAUCUUCCUCCCCAGAGCGAUCCCUAGUAAAAGGCCAUUAUCACAAGCGUAUGCAGUCGCUACAGCCUGCAGACACCAAAGGCGAUGCUCGCUCCGAGUUUCUCAAUUAUCUUGAGAGUCGGUCACCAGAGCGACCUCUUCGUGCUACUAUUGUCGACCCAACAUCCAAGUCGCCAGAAACGAGCAAGCCGUCUGAUCCUUCCAGGCCCAAGACCGCAGACCGAGAGCUUCCUAGCUUCCUGUCAAGCCGCUACCUCUCGAAACCCAUUCUGGGGGAGAGUACUCCUCCCUCCGCAACCAUGUUAGCCAUCCAGAACAUGCAGCUCCCCGCCGAAUCCGACCCUCCAUCACCCUCGAAACCUCCCAAAAUGAUCGCCGAUCGCCCCGCCGCUGAACCUCAGGGGCACACUAUGGAUACGCUAGCAACACAAAUCCAUAGCCUGACUGAUAUUGCUAGCAAUCUGCAGCGCGAGAUGGCCAAUCUCAGCCGACGAAGCAAGGACAACGCUACCGACCUCAUCAGUCUGAAGGCCGCAACGAAUGCGCGAGAUGAAGAUAUUCGAAAGAGUCUGAAGGACCUCUCGUCCAAUUUGACGAGUAAAUUGCUGGAUGGUGAUCUUACAAGGUUAGAUCUCAGUGCUCUGUUGAAGCCUGUAGACGGCCCUAACCACAGUGAACCGGAUAGUUCUCCCAACUCUAAGAGAAGCUACUCAGUCCCUCGCAUGCCGAGCCCUAAUCCUUUCGCCUUCGAUCGUGAUGUCUGUGGUUCACCCGCACCAAUUAGCGACGGCUCAGCCAGUAUUGCUUUGCUCGAAAAAGUAUUACGCGAGAUGGCUACAAAAGAAGGUGAGGAACGACUGUUGGAAUUGGUCGAUGAGAUCAAAUCACGUCCAGGCACGACCACUUCGGACAAGGAUACCGACACUAAGAUCACCACAAUGCUUGAGGAGAUCCUGAACCUCGUCAAGCAAGACCCCUCCCAGAAUGCCUUGGUGCGCUCUUUAAGACCUCGUGAAACCGUUUCAGCCAAUGACUCCAACACCGAGGCUACCCGAUCAGCCUCGGUUGGUUCCAUCAUCGAUCCAACCGCCACAGUACGGGCUCUCGAUGUGCCGAAAGGUGACAGGGCUCUUGCUGGAAAUGACAACAUGAUGCUCCUUCUCCAGAGCGUAAAGAAUAGCGUCAUGGAAAGCGGCGGAAUGACGAACAGCGUCAAGGCAUUGGUGCGAGAGUUGCGAGGAGAGGUUCUGGGUAUGGGUCGCGACAUCGCCCGCAAGCUGGAGGCUAUCGAGUCGAAUCAAGCAAACGACGAGCCCCAAGAGCAGCCCCAGACUGCCACCCCUGAAGAGAUUGCCUCUGUGGUGAAUGACAGUCUGCACGACCUUCGUGAUCAACUGGCUGCGACCAUCAACGAAAGUCGGCAGCAUUCUUCCGACUUGACACAGAUUCGAGCGGCCAUGAACAGCGCCGAGAUUUACGCUGCAGUGAAGAAAGCCCUCGAUGAGUUUGAGAUCCCCCAGCCCCAACCUGCGGAGCCACAUGGCCCAAUUAUGGAGAAGGAGGACAUUCUGGAGACAGUCCGCGAGGCAUGGGAGACCUACAAGCCCGAGAUUGAACUACAAAAUUUUGGUCUCGAGCGCGACGAAAUUCUUGACUGCCUCUCGGAAGGUCUCAAGGACUACCAGCCAAAGCACGAGCAAUCUGUUACCUACGAAGAGGUUCUUGCUGCCGUCCAAACGGGAUUGCAAAACUUUGUGCCUCCUCCAGUUGACCACCCGCCGAUGAUUACUAGAGAUGAAAUCAUUCUUACUAUCCGCGAGUGCCUUGAGAGACCAGAGCCCGCACCGCGAGGUCUGGAUGAAGAGCAUGUUCAGCAUCUCAACUCUAUGCGCGAGGAGCUCCUUCAAGCAAUCGCAGAGCGUGCAGUUCCCGAAAGCUCAAGAGGCCUGGAUGAGGAGCACAUGAAUCACCUUCACGCCAUGCGAGAAGAGAUUCUUCACGCAAUUUCAGAGCGUGCGAUCCCUGAGAUCUCAAGAGGCCUGGACGAGGAGGAUAUUCAACACCUUCACUCUAUGCGUGAAGAGAUUCUUCAUGCAAUCUCCGAGCGUGCAGCUCCGGACGCUUCUUCCAGAGGAUUGGAUGAGGAGCACAUCAGUCAUCUCCACUCCAUCCGUGAUGAAAUUAUCCACGCUAUCACAGAGCGUGCGGUACCCGAUCAAUCUUCAAGGGGUCUCAAUGAGGAGCACGUCCACCAUCUCAAUGAAAUUCGCGAUGAGAUUCUCAAUGCCCUUAGCGGGCCAAUGGCUACGCAAAGUAUGCUCAGCAAGGAGUCCUACGACUCUGGCCUUGGCCGAGACGAGAUUGUCAGCGCUGUCUCCGAUGGCCUGGAGGCACACUUCACUACUGCAAAGGAGAUGGAAGAGCCACGUAUCUCCCGGGCAGACGUCAUGAAUGCUGUCAACGAUGCGUUCAGCGCCCAGCAUACUGCGCUGAGUAUUGGCAACGACUCACCCAUCACCCGCGAGGAGAUCAUGGCAGCAAUUGCCGAUGGAAUCGAGAUGUCACAAAAGCCCCAGGAACCCAGCAUCUCACGUGAAGAGAUAAUGGCAGCCAUCGCCGACGGCAUUGAAAUGUCGCAAAAGUCCGAGGAGUCAGCUCUUGUACCGAGUGUUCAACCUUCGCUCUCCCGGGAGGAGAUAGUGGAGGCUGUCUCUGAAGCGCUCGAGAAGUCGCAAGAGUCCCAGAUGUCCGCCCUCAGCACCGCCGUGCAGCAACCAAGUAUCACUCGCGAGGAACUGUUCAACGCUGUAGUAGAUGGCAUCGAGAGCGCCAACACCAUGACUCGCGAGAUCGAGUUGAACAAGGAUGAUCUGAUGGAAGCCAUCAGCGCGGGUCUCCAAGAUGCCAGCAGUUCUGCCAAUCUGAACGUUGGUGACCAAGUAAUGACGCGCCUUCAAGAAGUUGUUGAUGGCAUGAAAGAAGAAUUCAAGCAGUACUCUGCAGCCAAUGGCAAGGACACCGAACAGGUACUUGAUGCGGUUAAGGAUGGCCUCGAAGUUGUUCGACGGGAGAUUGAGUCCUAUGUAGCCACGGCGUCUGAAGUCUCCGGGAAAAGUGAGAUCAUCGACACUGUCAAGGAGGGAUUCCGCUUGCUCCAAGCCGAUAUGGAGAAGACCAUCAAUGAUGCCUCUCUUAGCAAUGCGGCUCGUGGAAAUCCUGAUACUACUGAGCUUCUGGACGCCAUGGAGAAGGAGUUUGAGCACCUGCGGGGAACUAUCAGCACUCUGCUCCUUCGCGACAAUGCCACAAGCGACAAGGAUGAGAUACUGGAUGCCAUCCGAGAUGUUUCCGAGCAACAGAAGACCAACGGUGGAGAUGAUGAAGUUCUUAACACCAUUCGAUCAGAGUUCGAGAACUUGCGCGAGCGCAUGGACAUGAGCGUUGUUCGUGCCGAGCCUCGAUCUGACAAGGUUGAGAUCAUCGCCGCUCUUCGAGAGCAUUUCGACAAUCUCCGUGAGGAAAACUUGUCGAAGAAAGAUGGUGCAGAAAGCACCUUCUCUGCCACUAGCGAGCUGCUAGACGCAUUCCACGAUAACAUGGAUGCCAUCCGUGACGAUCUCAAGAGGCUCAUGGAAAAGCCCACCGACUUUGACACCUCCGAGAUCCUGGACACCAUUAAACAUGGCCUCGCUGACUUGAAGCUUGAUAUUGACUCCAUUCGUCAGUCUCGGGAGGAGCUCGAUGUUGCUGAAACCACUCGCGGUGAUGAGGUCAUGCUUGCUAAGGAAGCUGCUUUCGGAAACGACAUCGACAGUUUAAAGACUCUGAUCACUGAACUUCACACCAAGGUUGAGUCCAUCGACUCUACUCCUCGCGCAGCUGAGCCAGACGAAGAUGCACUCAAGCGCAGUCAUCUUGAUGAGGUUCUCAUGGCCGUCCAGGAGAUCCAGGUCGCCAUGGGUGCUAUCGGUGACAUGGGUGCUAGCCAGGAGUUACAUGAGGCCGCAGCCCGCAAAGAGGAUACCGAUGCGAUCCAGGAAAUUCUCAUGAGCACCAAGGCCCAGAUUGAUGACAUCGUCUUCCCGUCUCCGGAUGAAAUCGCUACCUCACAGCAUAUUUCUGCCCUUGAAACCAUGAUCGGCGAGGCCAAGGACAGUAUCGCCAAUCUAUCGACUCGCCUCGAAGCCGAUGCCCCUACCAAGGCUGACAUUGGUGCCCUGGAAGGCCUUAUCAAGGAUGUCUGGAUUGCGCUUGACGAAUUGAAGACCAAGACGAAGGAAGGCGAGGAAGUCGAUGCGGAAGCGGAUACCGACAAACUCAUGAAGUCCGACCUACAGACCGUGGAGGCCAUGAUCUUCGAAGUGAAGACCCAGGUAGAUGAGCUGAAGCUACCCGACGUGGAAACCCUUCCCACCAAAGAGGAAAUCCAGGAGCUAUCGGCGCUCGUCACCGACUUCCGCGAGAAAAUGGAAGCCAACAACGAGAUGACUGCUCAAGGCUUCGAGGCCCGCAAAGUCGAACAUGGUGGUCUCGCCGAAAAGAUUGAGGAGGCCAAGUUCGUCGUUGGCGAAUUGGGUGACGAGCUGAAGAGCAAGCUGGAUGGUAGCACGGAGGGGCUAACCGAGCUCAAGACGCUCCUGGAGGGCCUUGCGCUCACUGCCGAGAACUUCAGCACCGUCGAGAGCAUCAAGGAGCUGACCGAUCUCAUCAACCGAGAGUUCGAGCGUGCUCGUGGCGAAGAAGAUGCUAGUAAGCUCGACAAGGAGGAGCGAGAUGCCGCCGUCAUGGUCAAGCACGACGAGACGCGGGCUGCCAUCAUCGUUGAACUUGGUGUCAAGAUUGACGAGAAGCUUGGUGAUGUCAUGGCGAGGUAUGAAGACGCCCAUGCUUCGCUCCAUUCCAAGUUCUCGGAGUGCGAGGAGCGUGACUUGGCGCAUACCGAGGCCGUUGCCAGUACCAAGGCACUUGCCGAGGAAAUCAAGCUUGUCAUUGGUGAGAUGGGCACUAGUGUCAAUGAGACAUGCGAGCGGAUUGGUGUUGAGACAAAAACUCUCUUCGAGAAGGUUGAUGAAUCCUACAACCGCAUGGAGGAAAUGCAGAAUGAAGUCAAAACACAGCAAGAGCGGUCUCGAGGCGAGACGGAGCGAGCAGCCGCUGCCACUGAACGUGUCGAGAGCAAGCUGCUUGAGUUCCACCCGCAGAUUUUGGAGAGGGUGCAGCAAAUCCUGGACGUUGUAAACCAGCAUUACGAUCACUCUCAGAAGUCCAGCGAGGAAGUCAAGUCCGAGCUCUCUGCUCUGCCAAGCACCAUUCCGACUAUGCUGCCCGCUUUGCCUCCACCAGAGUCGUCUCGGGAACUCGAUGAUCCAGUUCACACCAAGCUCAACGAUCUCCUGGAGCAUGCCAAGAACAAUCAAGUCCAGGAGGUCCUCACUACGCUUCUGGACCACUCGAAGAACGACCAACUUCAUGCCAAGCUUGAUCGUCUUCUAGACCGAGGCUCUGGUAACGAGGAAAUUUAUGAAAAGCUCAACCAAAUCUUCGACCACGCCAGUAGUGGGAGCAGUUCCGUUCAUGAGAAACUUGAUGCCCUCCUCGAUCGCCCUGCCCCUGCAUCAGACUCUGAGCACUCUGUUACACAGAUGAUGAAGCUUGACGAGAUGCACAAGGACAUUAUGGAGAAUACCCGUCGGAUGAACGAGAUGUUUGCUGCUCAGUCCGCCAUUGUUGCCGAGGACACUGAGCGCAAGCGCCGCGAGGCAGAGGAUGCCGCUAUUGCAUUGGAGCGUCGUGUUGCUCAGCGUGAGCAGGUUGAAGCUGAAAUUGUUGGACUUCACGAGGAGAAGGACUCCCUUCUCAAGAUGAUCCACACCUUGAAGAACGAGAAGGACGAACUUGUCAAGCAAAACACCAAGCUCAGCAAGGAGGUUUCCGGUCUCGAGACAGCCCUGGAAAUUCGCCACGAGGAGAUGCAACAGAUGGAGGAGCGUGCCGACGGCUUAGAGAAGCGUAUCCUGGAGGGUGUCCUCGACCAUGCCCGUUCAGUCUUGCUCAGUCGUUCAGGCAGCGUCCACGCUAUGAACUUGAAGCGCAACCGCAGUACACGCUCUUCUCGGGCUCGUGCCCGCAGUCCGAGCGUGAUGAGCACAGCUAGCACCGCCCGCGAUUCCAAGGAUGCCCGAAGCCUUCUCGGGAAUGGAGUUGGCAUGGCUUUGAAGCGCCGAACGCCCGCCAGCCUCCAAGCUGGCCCCAUCCCAAUUCAGCCUAACAUUGGCAAAGAGCGCCGCAUUCUCAGCUUGAACCAUGUGACGGGUAAUCGGGGUGCUGAUCGUCAGGUCAGCGCCAACAGCGGGAUCACCAGCCUGAAGCGCAGCCACUCUGUCAAGUCCAACUUUUCCCUCCGCAAGACUUCCUUGCCUACUCGAACCUCUAUUGCGAACAAAGAAAAUGAGGCUUUCCCCGAGGAGGAAGAGCCCGAAAGUGAGGUGGAGAGCCACGCUGGACUUGAUCGCCGGUCGAGCUAUGCACCCACCGAUCGCAAGACUUCUUACGCCGAAACUUGCACGGACAGCAUGUGCAGCGGUGUCACCGAGAGCGUGGCUUCAACAGAUCGACGCACCAGUGUCAUGAGUACCGGCACCGUUGAAAUGAGUACCGUUGACGGGCACGAGGGUGUCGCCGCCAGUACCAUUGCUGAUGAUGACCAGAGCUAUGUAUCUGGCAGGGAGUCCGAGUCAGACGAUGAUGAUUAUGAUGCUAGGACUGCCCGGGAGGACGACGAUGAAAAUGAUGAGGAGGAAGCAAAAGAUCCCGAGACUGAGGAUGAGUCUUUUGUAAAAGAUGACGCCGACCGACCAAUCUCUGAUACUGCUUCUGCCAUGGAGGCCGAAGUAUUGAAGAUGCUGGAACCUGCUGGUGACAGUGCACUCGGUACCGAGUCAGUGGUCAGUGCUGCUUGAGUUUCCUUUGUUUCAUGGUGACGAGGAGUUUUCGGGUUUCAUUUGUUAUUCCUUGUUUCAUAUACCACUUCUGUGCUUGGUUGUUUAUUUUCUGAUGGGCUUGUAUGAAUCGUUGUAUUAAUUCCUUAUGUGUUUAGUCAUGAAUUAUUAUUAUCUUCUGAUACCUCACUGAUCUCGUGCCGUAGUCA